AUGUCGUCCAAGUCCGGAGUCAACGUUCUCCGGUAUUCCGCUCUCGGUCUGGGCAUCUUCUACGGCUUCUCCCACCAGCGUUCCAUUCGCGCAUCGGAGAAGGCGGCUGCGGCGGAGCGGGAGUAUCAGCACAAGCAGGAGUUAAUAAACAAGGCCAAGGAGGCCUACGCCCGGCAAAAGCAGAAGGAAGCACCGGCCUCCAGCACGAAGGCCUCGUCAGGGCUGGACCAAGACCCAAUGUCGCCCAACUUCGACCUUGAGGCUUACAUCGAGGGUCUGAUGAAACUCAAAUAA